CCGCGGGCGCCGGAAGUGGCCGAGGCCCCGCCCCCGGCCGCGGUCUCUGCUGAGCCGCGGACGCCCCGGCUUGGAGCAUCCCUGGCGGGGCCGGCUUCGGUUCCCGGGGCCGCGGCUCCAGCGGACACGGCCGACCGGCCCGCAACAUGGCGAGCUCCGGAGAGGACAUGUCCAGUGACGAGGACGCAGCCCCCGCGGCGGCCGGGGUGGCCAGCGGCACCCACCUGCUGGGCUUCUCGGACGAGAUCCUGCUGCACAUCCUGAGCCACGUGCCCAGCACAGACCUGAUCCUGAACGUGCGGCGCACCUGCCGGAAGCUGGCGGCCCUGUGCCUGGACAAGAGCCUCGUGCACACCGUGCAGCUGCAGAAGGACUAUCAGGUGAGCCAGGACAAGGUGAAGCAGCUGGUGAAGGCCAUCGGCCGGGAGAUCCAGCAGCUGAACUUGGCCGGCUGCUACUGGCUGCCGGGCGCCACCAUCGAGCAGGUGGGCCGCUGCCACGGCCUGGUGAAGGUGAACCUCUCGGGCUGCCAUCUCACCUCCCUGCGCCUCUCCAAGAUGCUCUCGGCCCUGCCGCACCUGCGCUCGCUGGCCAUCGACGUGAGCCCCGGCUUCGACGCCAGCCAGCUGAGUGGCGAGUGCAAGGCCACGCUGAGCCGCGUGCGGGAGCUCAAGCAGACGCUGUUCACGCCCUCCUACGGCGUGGUGCCCUGCUGCACCAGCCUGGAGCGGCUGCUGCUCUACUUCGAGAUCCUGGACCGCACGCGCGAGGGCGCCGUCCUCUCGGGCCAGCUCAUGGUGGGCCAGAGCAACGUGCCCCACUACCAGAACCUGCGCGUCUUCUACGCCCGCCUGGCCCCGGGCUACAUCAACCAGGAGGUGGUGCGGCUCUACCUGGCCGUGCUCAGCGACCGCACGCCUGAGAACCUGCACGCCUUCCUCAUCUCCGUGCCGGGCAGCUUCGCCGAGAGCGGGGCCACCAAGAACCUGCUGGACUCCAUGGCCCGCAACGUCACGCUGGACGCCCUGCAGCUGCCCAAGUCCUGGCUCAACGGCUCGUCGCUCCUGCAGAACCUGCGCUUCCACAACCCCCUCUACUUCAGCUUCAGCCGCUGCACGCUGUCCGGCGGCCACCUCAUCCAGCGGGUCAUCAACAGCGGGCGGGACCUGCGCAGCCUGGCCAGCCUCAACCUCAGCGGCUGCAUCCACUGCCUCUCCCCCGACUCCCUGCUGCGCAAGGCGGACGACGACAUCGACAGCAGCAUCCUGGAGACGCUGGUGGCCUCCUGCUGCAACCUGCGGCACCUCAACCUCUCCGCCGCCCACCACCACAGCUCCGAGGGCCUGGGCAGGCACCUCUGCCAGCUCCUGGCCCGGCUGCGCCACCUGCGCUCCCUCUCCCUGCCCGUGUGCUCCGUGGCCGACUCGGCGCCACGAGCCGACCGCGCGCCCGCCCCGCCCGCCAUGCACGCCGUGGCCCGCGGCUUUGGCAAGAAGGUGCGCAUCGGCGUGCAGACCUGUCCCGGCCCCUGCUCGGGCCACGCGGCGCCCCCGCCCUCCUCCGUGUUCUGGUCUCUGCUGAAGAGCCUGCCUUUCCUGGAGCGCCUGGAGCUGAUCGGCUCCAACUUCUCCUCGGCCAUGCCGCGCAACGAGCCCGCCAUCCGCAACUCCCUCCCGCCCUGCAGCCGGGCGCAGAGCGUCGGCGACUCGGAGGUGGCCGCCAUCGGCCAGCUGGCCUUCCUGCGGCACCUGACGCUGGCCCAGCUGCCCAGCGUCCUGACGGGCUCCGGGCUGGUGAGCAUCGGCCUGCAGUGCCAGCAGCUGCAGUCCCUGUCGCUGGCCAACCUGGGCCUGCUGGGGAAGGUGGUCUACGUGCCCGCCCUCCUGGACAUGCUGAAGCACUGCGAGCGGCUGAGGGACCUCAGGCUGGAGCAGCCGUACUUCAGUGCCAACGCACAGUUCUUCCAGGCGCUGAGCCAGUGCCCGUCGCUGCAGCGCCUCUGCCUGGUGUCCCGCAGCGGCACCCUGCAGCCCGACGCCGUGCUGGCCUUCAUGGCCCGCUCCCUGCACAUGGUCGUGUGCCACCUGUUCACCGGCGAGUCCCUGGCCACCUGCAAGAGCCUGCAGCAGUCCCUCCUCCGCAGCUUCCAGGCCGAGCGCCCCGCGCUGAACGUCGUCAUCUUCCCUCUGCUGCACGAGGGCCUCACGGACGUCAUCCGGGACGUGCCCAUGGUGCACCUGGACGAGAUCACCCUGUUCAAAAGCAGAGUGGCCGAGGAGCCGCCCAACCUGUGGUGGUGAGCGUGAGGACUGCGCGGCCAGCACCUGGAAGCCCGCGGUUGGCCUCGGGAGGAAGAAAGCACCUCGGCCCGCCCCUGCCCGCUGCGCUUUCUCAGCCAGGACUCGGUGCCCAGACAGGAGGGCAGGGGCCAGGGGCGGCGGCCAGGCUCACCCGCGGGGCCAAGGCUCGGACGAUGGCCUGGGGCCCUGCUCGAGUCCCGGGGCCCAGCGCUGGCACCCCUUGGCCCCAGCCCCCCGUGCUGCUCCUGUCGCCGGCCGUGGGGCUCUGGGGUGGCCAUGCCAGGUGCGGCUCUCCCUGCUGAGCUGUGCGUCUGCAUCCACCCGCGUUUUUAACCCAGCUUUAUCCCGGGACUUCUGCCAGGUGGCGUGUGUGGCCCAGCGGGGACCCUAGGGCGGCGUGCAUUGUCUGUGCUGGGGUGAUGGGGGCUGAGGGGAGGCUGACUCAGCCCCCACCUCCCCGGAACACUUAGAGCAGAGCCCCUCCCGACCUGACACUCACCCACCUUUCCCCUGUGAGGCCCCCUGGAGCUGGUGUCCUGGGCGCCUGUGGCGGGCCUCCCACCUGGACGCCUGCCCAAGCCCCCUCACUGCUGGGGCCUGGCCGGCCGUGGGCAUCUCCCCAGGGGAGAAGCCCCAGCGCCCUUGGUUGCCACAGGGCCCCGGUGGCUGCCGCCUGCUCUGCCACCGCAGAUCCAGCCUGCCCUCCUCCAGAUCGGCUGUAGGUCACCUCGCUGGUCAAGACCGGACACUGUCCCCAGGCAUCGGGCCCUGCCCUCCCCUGGGCUCCGGAGGCCCCUGUGGUGUGUGUGCGCAGGUCUGCGGGAGACCGGACACUGUCCCCAGGCGUCGGGCCCUGCCCUCCCCUGGGCUCCGGAGGCCCCUGUGGUGUGUGUGUGCAGGUCUGUGGGAGACUGGACACUGUCCCCAGGCGUCGGGCCCUGCCCUCCCCUGGGCUCCGGAGGCCCCUGUGGUGUGUGUGUGCAGGUCUGUGGGAGACUGGACACUGUCCCCAGGCGUCGGGCCCUGCCCUCCCCUGGGCUCCGGAGGCCCCUGUGGUGCUGUGCGCAGGUCUGUGGGGAAGCUGCCCCUGCUUUUCUGGCAUGAGGGCGCCGGCGCCUCCUCUUGGAGCAUGGGGCACCCUCCCUGCCACAGGCUGCAGCAGCCAGAGGGCCUUGGCAGGGGCCUGGGGGGCAGACUGAUUCCAGGGAAUGCCCCUGUCCGAGGGGUCGCAUCUCCCGCUGUGCCUACGGGCCCUGCUGGAGCUGAGAGGUGUGGGAGCCCCGCCCCCUGCUGCUGUAGAGCUUUGCGUGGCCCCUGGAGUCCACCAGCAAGGUGACGCGAGUGGGCGGUAUGGACUGCCCGGGAGUGGCCGCCUCCUGUCCUCGCAGGGGGAGAACGGCCGGCCACAGCCUGACGGGGCUGGGAGAUCCAGGACCGCGGGGAGGGGGUCCCUGUGGCCUGGGGGCCGUGGUGCCUGUGUCCCCUUCUCACAGAGCAGCCCAGCUCGGGCGGAGAGCCGUGUUCCCUGCGGGAACUGGCGGGAGAGGCCGCAGCCAUGUCCGAUCUCGCCUGCACGGCCGCCGUUGUAAUCAGGCGCUUUUAACCAGCAGGGUCACCCCCCCACCAGGAACCGUGCGUCUGCCGUGUCCCCAGCCACAGUCCUUGGACUGGAGCAGGGUUUGCCGCGCCCGCACCCGAGGCAGGGCUCAGCAGAUGCCAACGACGGGCUUGUUCGCGCUAAGUGCUAUUUUGGCACCGGUGUUGAUUGCAAUUUAUAUUCUGCGGCGUUUUACGCUGGGAAAAGAACCCCCUGUAACGGUUCCCAGUUGGCAGGGCCGGGCCGUUAGGCGGCGGACCAUAUGCUGCCUGCCGAAAGGCGCGGCCGGCGCACACGUGUGUGUCUGCGCGUGCGUGCGUGUGCGUGCGUGUGCAGGCCGGUGAGUGUGCAUGUGCCGUGUGUGAGCCUGGGGAGAGGAAGCAGAUCAGAGCUUUCAUCUCUGAUCCUUUGUUCUCGGGAAGAGAGAGGCCCUGCUCAGACCCCCGCUGCUCACGCCCCUGGGCUCCGUGCGCCCCGCCCUGCUCCUGAAGGUGUCCCUGGGAGGGAGCGGGAGGAAAGGACCCUGCGGGCCCUGAGCGUGUGUCUCUUCUCAUUUUCACGGACAAAGCGAUUAUGUCAUCCGGCAGCAGCGCUGGCCUUCGGAGGCCUUGGGACUCAGCCGUGGGCCCCGGCCUGGGGUGCCUGUGGGGCUGCUGCUGCCUCCCUCCCAGCCGGCUCUGUGUGGGGCCCCAGGCCACGUGGAGGGGGGCUGACGGGGCCCCGGCCCAGGGGCCUCAUGACGGGGGAGGGCCUGGGCCCAGCAUCCCCCACUGUGGGUUGUGUGGCCGGGGAAGUCACCCUGUGGGACUCCCAGCCAGUGGCCUGGGGCGGCCUUUCCCUCUCCCCUUCCUUGUCGUUUGUUCCUCUUAGGACCGAAAGUUGCCGAGGCCCAGUGAGAAGUUCAUGAGCAAGGCAGGCGGUAUGGUGCGGCCGUGGGCAGUGGGUGCCAGCCACGGGACCCAGGCGGCAGGUGCCUUCCAUGGGUGUCCUCGCUGGCUGUGCCUGUGCCCCAGCGGGGGCAGCUCUGUGUGGAGGUGUGGGGUUCCUGAGAGUGUCCAGGACCUGCCUGGCCUGCUGGACAGACACCCCCCAGGCCCCCCGGCUGCCAUUCUCCCCCCUUUCUGAAGCUCUUGGAGGGCGGGGCCAGACAGACACCCCAGGGGCGGGGCCUGGACCAUGAAGCUGACCCAGAGCAGUUACCCGGCUGUGCCAUCACAGAGCCAGGCCCGGGCGUGGAGGCUGCAGCUGCUGGUGGUGGGGUUGUGUCCAUGGGCCUCGAGUGUGGGAGGGAGGGGUGAUGGGCAGGCGACCAUCGCCCUGGAGCUGUGGUGUCUCCCCCUGCCACCGGCUGCUGAACCCAGCAGGCUGAGCGUGGUCUUGGGGGCCCAGGUGGGGAGCCGGGGUCUUGCCAUUCCUUGUGACCAGGUGCUAAACGACCAUCCCCACCAGCAUCAGGCUGCGCGUGCGCGUGUCUCGGUGAUGUGGCGAGCGCCAUGCUGGGGGGAGGUCUCUUCAUGUGGAUCUGUGGCAUGUGGGAAAUUCCAAAUAAAAGGGACUUGAGCCAGCCA